GCCGGGCAGAGGCGGUGCCGCUCCGCCCGCGCUGCCCUGCCCAUCCCAGGACAUCCCAGCCCUGCCCAUCCCGGGAUAUCCUAGCCCUGCGCGUUGCUGCAUGCGGGAGCAGCGAGAGAGCCUCGCCGGCCCGCUCGUCCAGCAUGUCCGCUCGCUGUUGCGCCGGCCAGUUGGCCUGCUGCUGUGGUACUGCUGCUUGUUCCUUGUGCUGCAAAUGCUGCCCCAAGAUAAAACAGUCAACCAGCACCCGCUUCAUGUACGCACUUUACUUCAUCCUGGUGACCAUCAUCUGCUGUGUCAUGAUGUCUACAACAGUAGCUAACGAAAUGAAAACUCACAUUCCCUUCUACACGCAGAUGUGCAAGGGUAUUCAGGCGGGUGAGAUGUGUGAGAAGUUGGUGGGGUACUCUGCAGUGUACAAAGUCUGUUUUGGGAUGGCCUGUUUCUUCUUUUUAUUCUUCUUGUUUACCAUCAAAAUUAACAACAGCAAAAGCUGCCGAGCAUACAUUCAUAAUGGAUUCUGGCUUAUUAAACUUAUAGUUCUGGCAGCAAUGUGCUCAGGAGCCUUCUUCAUUCCUGAUCAGGACACUUUUCUCAAUGCCUGGCGCUAUGUAGGAGCAACAGGAGGGUUCCUUUUCAUUGCCAUUCAGCUCAUCCUGCUGGUUGAGUUCGCCCACAAGUGGAAUAAAAAUUGGACUGCAGGUGCAAACCACAAGCAGAUGUGGAAUGGUUUGCUUGCCUUGGUGACUCUCAUCCUGUACUCCAUUGCUGUGGCAGCACUGGUCCUCAUGGCUCUUUUCUACACGCGCUCAGAGGGCUGCAUGUACAACAAGGUCCUGAUCGGAGUGAAUGGUGGCCUGUGCCUCUUUGUGUCCCUGGUGGCCAUAUCACCCUGUGUCCAGAAUCGCCAGCCCCAUUCUGGCUUGCUGCAGUCAGGAGUUAUUAGCUGCUAUGUCAUGUACCUCACUUUCUCAGCACUAUCCAGCAAACCACCAGAAACAAUCCUGGAUGAAAACAACAGGAAUAUCACAAUCUGUGUACCUGAAUUCAGUCAAGGCCUGCACAGAGAUGAAAACCUGGUUACUGGCCUGGGUACUACGAUUCUGUUUGGCUGCAUUUUAUAUUCUUGUUUGACCUCAACAACACGUGCAAGCUCAGAGGCACUGAGAGGAAUAUAUGCAACAGCUGAAACUGAAGUAGCUCGUUGCUGCUUUUGCUGUGUACCCGAUGGAGAUGCUGAUGCUGAAGAUCAUGUAGAAAAAAGAGGAGGCCAGACUGUGGUUUAUGAUGAGAAGAAGGGCACAGUGUACAGUUAUGCCUACUUCCACUUUGUUUUCUUCCUGGCUUCUCUUUAUGUUAUGAUGACAGUAACUCAUUGGUUCCAUUAUGAAAGUGCUCAGAUUGAAAAAUUCUUCACUGGAACCUGGUCUAUCUUCUGGAUUAAGAUGGUCUCCUGUUGGGUUUGUGUCUGUCUGUACUUAGGGACUCUUAUUGCUCCACUCUGUUGCCCAAACAGAGAGUUCUCAGUGUGAGCAGUCAAAAGGUCAUUUUAAGUUUUUCUCUUUUUUUUUUUUCUUUUUUAUUUGUAAUGAGGAAACUCCUAUUACCCAAUUAUCAUAAUGUACCAGUUACUACCUUUUUAGUCAGACUAAACACGAUUGAAGACUUUUUUUGCCAUUUUUUAUUAUGAACAAGCAUUGCCUAAGGGAACGAAUCUGUUUUGAAACUUUACAAUGCUUACGUGUGGUGUGUAGAAAACACAGUUGUUGCAUAAACUGGAAUAAGUGAAAAACUCUUCAAAUAACUGACAAUCCUUCUCUGGCUUCAUUGACAACAAAAGAAAAACUCAUGGUGCAGAUACCUUCUUACUUCCCAUGAAUGUUUGGUAUCUCUCAGCAAAUAUGCUUUCAUUCUUUUUUUAUACUCUUUUAUUAACUGUUUCUUUUACAGUUUGCAGUGAUGAUUUGGACUGCUGUUUUGUACAGCAUAUAAUUCUUGUAAGUAGUAUCCAGAUUUUUUUUUUUUUCCAGAAACAUAUCUAAAUACUUCUGUAGAAAUAAGAGAAUAUAUAAAAUUUGGCUGCCAAAGCAUCUACUAAAAAUUGUUUAUCAAAGUAUUAAAUAUAUUAAGUUAUUUUAUACCUAGAUUGAGAAAGGAAUUUACCAAUGAUAGUGAAGUAUUUAUUCUAUUAUUACUUUAAAGGCACCUGGAUAUUUUAUGCAAUUCAGAUUUAGCCCAGUUAAUAACUGAAGGGGAAUUCUGCACACAAACUAGACAAAAUUCAGUUUGACAAUUUUUCUUUGCCAGGUCACUCAAAAAUUGAGUGUACUGCAUGGGGAUGUAAGAUAAGGUACAUUCAAAAAUGGGGUGCUCAUUUGCUUUUCUGCCCUGCUGUUUCAGCUUGUCUUUAAAAGUCUCCCAGGUCUUCAGUUGGGUUUCCAUGACUAGUUUUAUAAUAUUUUAGAUGCAUUGAUGCAUUUAGAUGCAGAAAAGGACUAUAGUGUGUCAUAUUUUUUUCUGCUUGUGUGUUGAUUGGAAAGUAUUUUUUCUAACUGCUAUAUUUUUAUACUCCUUUGUUGAUAUUAGUUUUGCUGUUGUGGUGGGACUUAGCCAACCAAUAUAUUCACUGAGACAGAAAUUCUUUUGUAGAAUUCCUAUUCCAAGCACUGGAGUAAGCAGUCAGAAAAGCAAAACCAGAAGACACAAAUAUAACAAGCAGCUGCCUUAGUACAAAUUACUUGAUGAUAUUAAACUUCUCUUUUUUAUUAAUUUAAGCAGAUUAUUUGGUGGUAAAACAACAGCUCAAAUGCCCUAAAUGCUGAAAAAGGUUGAAAAAAUAACCCCCACAGUUAUUUACAUUCUGGUGGGAUGAAUUUAUGAUUUGAGCUAGUUCUGGUCGUUUUUAUCUUCUCUCUCUUGACAUGUAUAUUCAGAUACAUGUAUAGUGUAAAAUAUCAACCAAUUUAGCAGCUCUUUUUUAAAAAAAUAUGAUUGAGCCUUAAAUCUUCAUCCACUGCUUUCUGCAAAUCAAAGAAAAGCACAACAUGGAGGCCAUUUGCAUGGCAAAAGAUUUGCAUGCCUUAGUUUUUUUGUUGUAGUAAUUAAUGGUUAAUGCCCACCUGGUGAAUAAUCUUAAUAUAUUGGAUCUUGAUUCUGGUCUUGUUUUCAUUAUAAUUUUUAGUUGCCUUGUUGUUACGGUAUCCCAGGGCUUCUGUCCUGUUUGGAGCUUUCUAGGGAAGUGAUCUUCUCCACCCUGUUCACUCUUACCCUGAAACAAAAUCUUCACAUCUGCAGUCCUACUUAUGCCACCUUUCCCAGUGAUUAGGGCAUCAAAAUACAUGUCCUGAGAUGUGAAGAAAGGAGGAGUCUGUCCAGCAGCGACCACCUUGGUGUUCUUGUUUGCACCAAGAGUUAAAAAUAGCAGUUGAAGCUGGGUUUUGACACUGAAUUAGAAAAGCAACAAAUAGUUCUGGACAGGGAGGCAGGUUUUUCUCUUUUCCUUUGCUUCUGCUGGGAGGUUCUGAUCGUGACAAGAGCUCUGCUAGCAUGGGGACGGUCAGAACAUUCCUGCCUGCAUUUAGAGUCUUGCUACACAGAUACUUCUGCAGCCGAAAAAGGCCUUUAUUAAUGCUUUUUCAAUCCAGAAGCAUUUAUCUGUCCAGUCUCUAAGAUAAGAGCCUGUGGGCUGUGCAAUCAUUAACAGAUGCCCUGCCUAACUCACAGCAGCAAUUCUGACAGUUUUGAUCCAAUGCUGUGGCUGUGUGCUGCAAAUGAAAUAGUCCAGGCUCAUGCCUUGCCUGAUCCUAACAGGCAUGCAAGAUUGGCCUUCUAGUGCCAUAUGUGAAAUGAGAAACCAAGUUGGGUUUUUUUGUUUCUUUGUUGAAUUUUUGUUUGUUUGUUUGAUUUUUCCCUAAAUUAGCCAUUUUUUUGUAACAGAACAAUCAGAGAAAGGAGAUAGAAAUCCUUCACAGAGGAGGGCAUGCACUAUGCCAUUAUAAGGCAGGGAAAGGUUCCUGUUGUCUGGUUCUGAUAGCAGGCAUCCCUGUCACAAAUGUCGAUGAUCUUAAUACCGGUCUUGGUCCUUGGAUGUUGUUGUUUACAGAAACACUUAUUUUGUGUAGUAUUUGCAUUAGGGCUUCCUGCACCUCCUUGUGCUCUUUUUUUUACAGUUUGUGUUUAGGGAAAUAGGUUUUGCACCUAUAGAGAUUUCUCUAUAUAGAGAAAUAAGGCUCUAAAAAGAAAGUCCACAGUGAGGCAUAAGUCUGUUCUUCUUACACAGCACGCACCUCACUGAGCUGCUACUCCAUCCUUCCCUAACUACCAACUAUCGACCUUAAGUGUCUAGAUCUGCAUGUGUACACUGAGUGGGAAUAGGGCAGUGCCUGUUUACACAAAAUUGUCUUCUUUGAGCAAAUGUUUGGGGGAAAACCCCACAAAAUAAAUAACUUUGAGGGCCUGUACAUGUCCAUGGUGCCCCAGGUCCAGCUGUGGACUUCCAGGCCUUUCUAAGGAAUCAGUAACUAGUAGCACUUGGGUGUGCAAAGACUCUAGUUCCUCACCAAGACAAGUCUUCCUGCUGGCCAGGCAAAUGUUACAGCCUUAGUGUUUGCUGUAAAAUCUGUACUGUGAACUUCCAGUGCAACUACAUAACAAAAUCCUCGGCUCAGGUCAAGGAAUCAAAUUCCCAGCCCAUAGAUUCCAAACAGUUCAUACAAAUGGGCUUUAAAAAAAAAAAACAAACUUCUAAGAAGUGCCUUCAUACCUACACUGCUGUGAUAACUAUUAAUUCAGGUGGCACUAGAACUGGAAAACCUGGACUGAGCCUGUGACUGGGUGAUGCUGCCGUGUACGUUACACCGGUGUACAAGGCACAGUUAGACCCGGGGUGCACAUGGAAGACCAAAUAAUCUGUGCUUGACAAACCUUUGGGGAUAAGACUGCUUCAGGUUUUACUGUGCAGUGGAAAAUUAAGUGGGAAAACUCACAAGCAGCCUGAUGCUUUUGUAAAUAAGUGAUUUAUUUUACAUUUAAGGUGUAAACAGUUAACUUUCUCUCCCCAUACCUGGAAGUGCAGAUGACUGUCUGCUGAGGCAGUUCACAGCAUGGUGUCUAUCCUGCCUUGUACCAUGAUUGUUCAUUGAAUUUGUUCCCAGAUGUAAACAUUGCAACACUUUGGCUCCUAGUGGUUUUGGGCUGUGUGAAGUAAGGAAGGUUGCAAAGCCAGCAAUACCAGAGAAUAUGUCCUGUACUAAAUUUGCUCUAUUUAAAUUUGAUGGACUAAUGCUAUCUUUAAUUGACUCUUGGAGGAACAGACAGUAUUGAAGAAGUCCUGCUGUGAAGGUGAAACGAUUUUAUUGGCUUUUUUAUACUUUUUCAUAUUUGCCAUCAUAAAGAUUAUUUGGGACUUCACUGCUGCACUGUCAUCUGAGAUUGGAACAAUUUUACUUUUCCUCAUGAAAGCAACCAAGAGCCACAGUCAUGACUGGUUCUUGUUUGGGGUAAAAUAAGUGGGACAGACUCAGAGGGCAAGUGUCUGAAUCCAAGCAACUGAACUAACAAAUGAGACAAUAAAACUUUACUAGGGAAGUGUGGAAAGCAGAUGGGUGUGUUUGUUUGCUGUUUGCCACAUAGUUCCUCUAAGUGUGCAGGCAGCCCUUGCAGCUGGAUGCCAAGUAAGGAGCUCCACUGCAAUCGCACAUCAAAGGUAUUGCAUGUUUGUGAUACUCACAGCUUUCUCCUUCAAGCAUUUCCAUGAGGUUCAAACAUCUUGUACAUGCCCAGCUAAUGUGGUAAAUCCUGUUUGGGCAUGGCUGCUUUCCUCUGAAAUGCGGAAUUUAGUGUUGCUAAUACGUGCAUAGUCCAGAGAGAGGGUUUGUCCCCUCACAGAAUCAUAAACACUGCAUGUCUAUUUAUUUAUUUAUUUUGUGUUUUAGCACCUUUUUACAAGUCUAUAAGUGCUUUGAGAUUAUAAAUUACGCAUGUGUAAUUGCUUUGUCAGCUACUGCUGCACCCGUUUCUGGGCUACAUUGCUAUUAAUGAAGCAACCCUUGCACUUGUGAAAAAGCUGGUUUUUAACAGUUCUUUGGCUUUGAAUGAUGUCAUCAGGAAAAUUUGGGUACUUGAGAUAGUGCUGCUUGAACUUUGGCUAACAGUCCACAGUAUCUUGGGCAUCUCUGAGCAGAUCAGCAACAGAGUAAUCCAUUGACUGUUUUUAAACUGUGCUGUAAAGAUUUUAUGAACUGCUAGGCUUUUCUCCUAAGCUGAUGAAGCAAAAUACCACAAGACCCUACCUUUGUGGCUGGAUGAGCUGAGAUUAUCCACAGCUAAAAUUUUGCUCUCAUUUUCCUUCUGGGCUUUAGAAUCAAUGUCUUUUGCUUGGAGGCUGUAUCUCCUCAUUUUAUCUGCCUUUUUCUCCUUGGAUGUUUUUUAAAGGCAAUGUAAACCUCCUUCAUUCCCAGACAACCUGCUGCCUGUCAAAUGGGAUGUUUUUGGUGCUAGAAACUAGCAAAGACCUCUUUGCCAAGUCUUACUGAUCCUUUGCUUUUCAUAGCAGGACAACCUGCAGCAUUGAAGCAGAGUCAAAGAUCAUAGUUUAUUACAUGGAUCAGUUGUCUUCUGUGAAAACUGCUUCUUUAUUUUCUGAAGUGGCCUACGAGUUCUUGUGGGAGGGAAACACACAAUGAACACCACGACAGUUUACUCGUGUUUUCAGUUUUGUAACCAGUAGUUAGAACUCAGUGUUUCACAUGACUGUACAAAUGAAUGCCAGGAGUCAAGUGCUUAGAAAGCUUAGAAAGCUGUAGCUUUUUUUUACUCAGAACAGGGUACGUAGCUUGGGAACUGGUAUGUCUGCAUUUUUUACAUCCUCAUAGUAGUGUUCAAGUGCCCCAGGAUGGGGAUGUAGACAAAUUGUGCAGAGUUUGAAGCAGCAGCUUUGAGAGACUGGCAUGAUGACUGCUUUCUAAUGCUCAAGGGGAUUCUGUAAGUCUUGUUUAGGGGUUUUUAUCGAAUCUGGAUUUUCUUCUUUCCACACCUGUUCAAUAAUGUUUUUAGAAAGUUAGAAUUUAUUUCAGAUGUAAGCCAUGUUGGCUUCCCCACUGCUUGCCAGUCUCUGAUAGUUCCUAGAGCAUAGCCUACAGGCGUUUCCACAAACUUGUUCAGAGCCACAUUCAUCAGCUUUGAAACCGCUCCAGCAGCCUAAAGUUUCCAGACCUUUUGCUCACCAGAGCUGCAGGGUGCAGCAUUGCAGCCAUGCUUUUUGCCAAAGAAGCCUCAGUGUGAAGCCAAGAAGAAAGUGCGAAGCCAAGAAUUUUGGAAAGCUAUGGGGAAAUAAUGGAUCAUUGGACAUACCAUAGCUUUAGUUUUCCUCUUACUGAUGCAAGUCCAGGUGCUUAGGUGUCCUUUGGACAUCCAUGCAGACUUAAAGUGCAGAGUAUUAGCUUCCAGAUAAAAUCAAUCUACUUGUAAUAUACAAACUGAGAAAAGAUUUACUAGGAACAUAUGGGUUCAGUGACUGCUUUUUGUUCACCACUGAUGCAUGAUGUUCAGUCUCAUAUAUGCGAUGUUCAAAAACUGGAUGCAAAACAGUCAAAAUAUAAACACAUUUUCUUAAUGGUAAGGGGAUUUUAAUUAGUCUUUUUCAAGGUUCUUAAUAUCUCAAGGGAACUUUUUGGUAUGAAUGUGUGGUUUUAUUUUAUUAAGCUGUAGCCCAGUGAAGUGGAAGUUUGCUAGUUUAUUUAACUUUUUUGCAAGUGUUGUGGUCUUUAGUAACUGUAACAGUUUGACUUUUAAGGAUUGGUAAGAUUCCAGAAUUGUAAGAUCUUAUAAAGUAGUCAACAGCUUUGCCUUUUUAGCAUGUUACUGGUUUUUAUGGACACUUCCUUUUGUAUAUUGAGCGAAUGUAUUGUUAUAGAUUUAAUGUUUAAUGGACCAAUAAAAUUUUUCUUACAUUUGAAAUGAAUUGUUGUGAUACAUUAAA